AUGCUUUCUAGAACCAAACAAUCAUUCAAAACUUUUCAGAUAAGAACUAUGUCUAUGAAUAUUAAGCACUAUGAUUAUCUCGUCAUCGGGGGUGGCUCAGGAGGUGUUGCCUCCGCAAGAAGAGCUGCAUCCUAUGGUGCUAAGACUUUGUUGAUUGAAGCCAAGGCCCUAGGUGGCACCUGUGUUAACGUUGGUUGUGUCCCCAAGAAGGUCAUGUGGUAUGCUUCUGACCUGGCUACCAGAGUUUCCCAUGCAAAGGAGUAUGGAUUAUACCAGGAUCUUCCAUUAGAUAAGGAGCAUUUGACUUUUAAUUGGCCCGAAUUCAAGCAAAAAAGGGAUGCGUAUGUUCAUAGACUAAAUGGUAUAUAUCAAAAGAAUUUAGACAAAGAGAAAGUGGAUGUUGUAUUCGGGUGGGCUAGGUUUAAUAAGGAUGGUAAGGUCGAAGUGCAAAAAAGGGACAAUACCACUGAAGUUUAUUCGGCUGAUCACAUUCUAGUUGCUACUGGUGGUAAGGCAAUUUUCCCUGAAAACAUUCCCGGUUUCGAUUUAGGUACGGAUUCAGAUGGGUUUUUCAGAUUAGAAAAACAACCCAAGAAAAUAGUUGUUGUUGGUGCUGGUUAUAUCGGUAUUGAGUUAGCAGGUGUUUUUAAUGGGCUAGGGUCCGAAACGCAUCUAGUUAUUAGAGGCGAAACUGUCUUGAGAAAAUUCGAUGAAUGUAUUCAGAAUACUAUUACUGACCAUUACGUGAACGAAGGUAUCCACGUUCAUAAACUGUCCAAAAUUGUCAAAGUGGAAAAAAAUGAAGUAACCAACAAAUUAAAAAUACAUAUGAAUGACUCAAAGUCUAUUGACGAUGUUGACGAAUUGAUUUGGACAAUUGGACGUAAAUCCCAUUUAGGUAUGGGUUCAGAAAAUGUAGGUAUUAAGCUUAACUCUCACGAUCAGAUUAUUGCUGAUGAAUAUCAAAAUACCAAUAUUCCUAACAUUUAUUCCUUAGGCGAUGUUGUGGGUAAAGUUGAAUUGACACCUGUUGCUAUUGCAGCAGGUAGAAAACUGUCUAAUAGAUUGUUUGGUCCAGAGAAAUUCCGCAACGAUAAACUUGAUUAUAAAAAUGUUCCCAGUGUAAUUUUCUCACAUCCAGAAGCAGGCUCCAUUGGUAUAUCUGAAAAGGAAGCUAUUGAAAAGUACGGUAAGGAGAAUAUAAAAGUCUACAAUUCUAAAUUUACCGCCAUGUAUUACGCUAUGUUGAGUGAAAAAUCACCUACAAGAUAUAAAAUUGUUUGUGCGGGACCAGAUGAAAAGAUUGUCGGGCUGCAUAUUGUGGGUGAUUCCUCUGCAGAAAUCUUGCAAGGGUUUGGUGUUGCUAUAAAGAUGGGUGCUACCAAGGCUGAUUUCGAUAAUUGUGUUGCUAUUCAUCCUACUAGCGCGGAAGAAUUGGUUACUAUGAGAUGA